UUACCCAGGGCUGUAGGGGCACCGUCUGAUCAGCAUGAUCUGGAGAUCAAACCCUGUUUUUCAGGCGUGGUGAGGGAGUGUCUCUCCAUUCACAUUGGUCAAGCUGGUGUCCAGAUCGGGGAUGCUUGCUGGGAAUUGUAUUGCCUGGAACAUGGAAUCCAGCCAGAUGGCUUCAUUCUGGACAGCCAACACGAUCAUUUGGAAAAUGCUAAAAUGGAAUGUAGGAAUGCCGCUUUCGAUACCUUCUUUCAUGAGACAAGAACUGGGAAGCAUGUGCCCAGAGCACUUUUCAUGGACCUAGAACCAACUGUUGUAGAUAGCAUCCGUGUGGGGAAGUUCCGCUCACUCUUCCACCCAGAACAGCUUGUGAAUGGAAAGGAGGAUGCUGCCAACAACUACGCACGAGGUCGAUACUCUGUGGGUUCAGAAGUCAUCGAGCUUGUUCUAGAAAGGACCCGAAAGCUGGCAGAACAAUGCAGUGGACUUCAGGGAUUUUUGAUUUACCGAAGCUUUGGAGGAGGCACAGGGUCAGGAUUUACAUCUCUCCUGAUGGAGCGACUCUCAGUAGAGUACUGCAAGAAGACAAAACUGGAGUUCUCUGUUUACCCAUCACCCAGAAUCUCCACUGCUGUGGUAGAACCAUACAACGCCGUUCUCACCACUCAUUCGACCAUAGAACACUCAGACUGUACCUUUAUGGUGGACAACGAGGCUGUGUAUGACAUCUGCCAUCACAAACUUGGCGUUGAACGUCCUUCCUACGCUUGUAUCAAUAGGUUGAUAGCCCAGGUCAUAUCUUCCAUUACUGCUUCACUGCGUUUUGAAGGGCCCUUGAAUGUGGACUUAAUUGAAUUCCAGACCAACCUCGUACCUUAUCCACGAAUACAUUUCCCCAUCACAACCCUUGCCCCCAUCAUCUCUGCUGACAGAGCUUACCAAGAGCAGCUCUCUGUACCUGAUAUCACUGCUGCUUGCUUUGAGUUCUCCAACCAGUUGGUCAAGUGUGAUCCUCGGCUUGGGAAGUACAUGGCUUGCUGCCUACUAUACAGAGGAGAUGUGGUCCCCAAGGAUGUGAACGAAGCAAUUGCAGCCAUGAAGUCAAGGACCUCUGUUCAGUUUGUUGACUGGUGUCCAACUGGUUUCAAGGUGGGCAUCAAUUGUCAACCACCUACAGUGAUGCCAGGAGGGGACCUAGCCAAGGUUCAGCGGGCUGUGUGUAUGCUGAGCAACACCACGGCAAUUGUGGAAGCCUGGGCCCGCCUGGACCACAAAUUUGACCUCAUGUAUGCCAAAAAGGCAUUUCUGCAUUGGUACAUCACAGAAGGCAUGGAGCUAGGGGAGUUUAUAGAGGCCCGGGAAGACCUGGCUGCUUUGGAAAAAGAUUAUGAGGAAGUGGGUCUGAGUUUCUAAUGUAAAGAUGGCCAUGCAAAUGGAUGCUGAGUUAAAAUGUCAUGCUUUGUUUUCAAGAUAUUAUAUAUCUAAUGAAUAAAAAGGAAAGCAGAAACCAAAUCA